GAAAGUACAGGGAACACUCUAGUUAGCAGAAAAUUCAGCUGAUACGAACUAACAUGGGAGAGCUAUUACUUCUGCACUACUGGCUGAUCGGAUCUAGGAAGGGACACUGUCUGCAAUGGGUGGUCUGCAUUUCUGAUCAUUCGUCUUUAAGGAAAAACAUUGGCUGCAUAACCAAAAUGGGGUUAGCAAUAGAUGUACUGUAGGGUUGUACCAGGCAUUUUUUAAGAAACAAACAUUUUUUGCACAACUGGAUAUAUUUUAAAGCUGUUCAAAAAAAAAAAAAAAGUUGGGCUGGAAAUUUUGCACAGUUCAUGUGCCUUUUUGCUUCUGCUUUUUAUGCAAAUAUGUGUUGGCUGUAAGAACCUGCCAGAAUGUGACCCAAUGUCAGAUAUAUGUUAAAGUAGAUGUGUUGUGCAUUGGAAGGACAUCGGUGUAUGUACACGAAGCCUUAAAAUACUUGAAACCUUUACAAUCCUCUCCUAUGUGGGAACAUGUCUGUGUAGAUCUCUCGUCAUCCUGGAACUGGAAUCUCAGGCUGCGUAAACUAUUGCAUAGUAACUUGUUGGUGAGGUAAACUGGGCAAGUGGAAAGGAAACCGGACCAGUAACCAUGAUUUUCCAAAGGGAAACUAACCACACAACCUUCAUGGCAAGAAUCCAGACUGCUAGUUAAUUUUUUUAAGCCAAAAUCACCAUCAUCCUUUUGUACAUGGAUAUCUGUUACUAUGCAUUAAGAGAACGUUAGUCCGGCCUGACCUUUUAAAAACACUGAAGGUCGGCUUUAACAUUUAAAGAACGCUGGUUAUUUAUUUAUCCUUUUUAUUUUGGUCAUCCUUUUGAGGGUGUUUAUCUAAAACUUUGUGACAGCAUGCAUGCAUCCGUGGAGCAUGGGCCUGUGCUUUGCAGUGAUUCCAACAUACUAUGCCUCUCUUGGAAGGGCAGGGUUCCAAAAAGUGAAAAGGAAAAGCCAGUGUGUCGAAGACGCUACUAUGAAGAAGGGUGGCUGGCUACAGGCAAUGGAAGAGGAGUUGUCGGAGUAACAUUUACUUUGAGUCAUUGUCGGAGAGACAGGAAUACUCCUCAAAGGACCAACUUCAAUCUACGAGGACAUAACAGUGAGGUGGUGUUAGUGAGAUGGAACGAACCAUUCCAAAAGUUGGCAACCUGCGAUGCAGAUGGAGGGAUAUUUGUGUGGAUCCAAUAUGAAGGCAGAUGGUCUGUGGAGCUGGUCAAUGAUCGAGGAGCACAGGUUAGCGACUUUACCUGGAGCCAUGAUGGCACUCAAGCUUUGAUCUCAUACCGCGAUGGAUUUGUGCUUGUUGGUUCAGUGAGCGGACAGAGGCAUUGGUCAUCAGAGAUAAACUUGGAGAGUCAAAUAACCUGUGGGAUCUGGACACCAGACGAUCAACAGGUGUUGUUCGGCACUGCAGAUGGUCAGGUUAUAGUAAUGGACUGCCAUGGCAGAAUGCUUGCACACGUUCUCUUACAUGAAUCUGAUGGUAUAGUGAACAUGUCAUGGAAUUAUCCCAGCUUCCUAGUGGAAGACAGCAGUGAAAGUGACACAGACUCUGAUGACUAUUCACCUCCACAAGAUGGCCCUGCCGCAUAUCCUAUUCCAGUGGAGAACAUCAAGCCGCUGCUUACAGUUGGAUUUACUUCUGGUGAUAUUAGUUUGAUGAACAAUUAUGAUGACCUGUCACCAACCAUCAUCCGCUCAGGGCUUAAAGAUGUAGUGGUUCAGUGGUGCACACAAGGAGAUUUGCUUGCUGUUGCGGGGAUGGAGAAACAAAACCUUUUACCAGAUCUUGGCAACGGUCCUUCUUUGAAGAGUGCUCUUAUAAAGUUUUAUAAUGUGCGUGGAGAACAUAUCUACACUCUGGAGACUCCAGUACAGCGUCCUAUCACUUCCAUUUGCUGGGGCCAUAGAGAUUCCCGCCUCUUCUUGGCCUCAGGUCCAGCUCUGUAUGUUGUCCGUGUAGAGCACAGGGUGGCUAGUUUACAGCUUCUCUGUCAGCAAGCAAUUGCAAGCUCCUUACGUGAUGACAAAGAUAUCAGCAAACUAAGUCUGCCUCCUCGGCUCUGCUCUUACCUCACCACCGCCUUUAUACCUACCAUUAAGCCUCCCAUACCUGACCCCAAUAAUAUGCGAGACUUUGUGAGUUACCCUACGUCGGGAAAUGAGAGAUUGCACUGCACUAUGAAGAGAACAGAGGAUGAUCCAGAGGUUGGAGGCCCUUGCUAUACUCUUUACUUGGAGUACCUGGGUGGACUGGUGCCUGUUCUCAAAGGGCGAAGAAUUAGUAAACUGCGUCCAGAGUUUGUCAUUAUGGAUCCUAAAACAGAUGGAAAAUCAGAUGAAAUUUAUGGCAAUGGAUUGAUCACCGCAGUUAUCGACAGCUGUAAUUGCUCAGAUUCCAGUGAUAUCGAACUUAGUGAUGACUGGGCAGCUAAGAAAUCUCCGAAGGUUACAAGAGCUAGCAAAUCUCCCAAACUCCCCAGAAUUAAUAUAGAAGCAAGAAAAUCUCCAAAGCUAUCCCGAGCAACUCAAGAGAUUACCAGGUCUCCUCGAUUACCUUUGCGGAAACCUUCAAUUGGGUCACCAAGCCUGACUCGCAGAGAGUUUCCUUUGGAAGACAUCACACAGCAUAACUAUCUUGCUCAGGUCACAUCCAACAUAUGGGGAACAAAGUUUAAAAUUGUAGGGUUGGCAGCCUUCUUACCAGCUAAUCUUGGGGCGGUUAUUUAUAAAACGAGUUUGCUACACCUUCAACCAAGACAGAUGACCAUCUACCUUCCGGAAGUGCGGAAAAUUUCAAUGGAUUAUAUUAAUUUGCCAGUAUUUAACACAAAUGUUUUCAGUGAAGAUGAAGAUGACUUACCUGCAACUGGAACUUCUGGGGCACCCGACAACAACCCCCCUUGCACUGUGAAUAUCCCCAUUGCACCAAUUCAUAGCUCUGCUCAAGCUAUGUCACCAACUCAAAGCAUGGGCUUGGUUCAGUCUUUGUUAGCCAAUCAAAAUGUACAACUAGAUGUUUUGGCCAAUCAAAUGGUAGCUCCCACACCUCCAGAUCAUCCAGUAGAAAAUGCUGUUCAGUAUUCUGCGCCAAACAGAUAUUCCAAUCCAGGGCAGGUCAUAUUUGGUGGAGUUGAACUGGGACGCAUGUUACAGCCCCCUCAUCAUCCUUUACCACACCCACCACAAGGUGCAGUUCAGAUGCCACCUGUUGUAAACAAUGAAAAAAAACAUGAACAUUCUCAAAAGCCAAAACCAUUACGUUCAGUCCCUCAGUUUGCAGAAGGAGAUGCUGUUGUUUUCACCACUGUUCAAGAAAUGCAAAUGAACAAACUCAACCCUCCACCUCCAUAUCCAGGAACUAUCCCAGCACCUCCGACUUCAGCUGCACCUCCACCGCCAAUCUCUCAACCUCCUUUGGACCUCUGCCUCAAGAAGGGAGACUUUUCCCUCUUCACAAGUGGGCACUACCAAACGCCACUGGGAUAUGAGCGUAUAACCACAUUUGAUAGUAGCGGCAAUGUAGAAGAAGUGUGCAGACCACGGACACGAAUGCUCUGCACACAGAACACCUAUACACUUCCAGGUCCAGGCAGCUCUGCAACCUUAAGGGUUUCUGCAACAGAAAAGAAGAUUAAACAACCUUGCACCAGUGCCACAUUAAAUAGGUUGACUGUUCCGCGUUAUUCCAUACCACCUGGAGAUCCACCACCAUAUCCUGAGAUUGCAGCACAGCUUGCUCAAGGAAGAAGUGCUUCACAAAGAAUAGACAGCAGUCUUAUUCAUGCAACUCUGCGAAGGAAUAGUCGUGAAGCAACUCUUAAAAUGGCCCAAAUGACAGAUAAUCAAAGAGCAACAUUGCAACAUCCUCCCAAAGCAAAGAGCAAUGUUGUACCUGGACAGUUUCAACCACGGGCACCCACAGCAUUGUACACUUGCAGCCAAUGCAGCAUUAGCACUGGAGUAAUUAGCAGUAGCAUCAGCAAUCAUAGUGGCAAUUUCAGCACUAAUACCAUAGGAGCAGGAAAUAUUCGUCCUGAAUUAUCAACAGCUUGUGGGCCACAGCAGAGUACCGUUAUUGUUCACUCUGCUAGUACUGCCCCUUUAGCAUCUCAGUCAUCAUAUAAUUUACUAAGCCCCCCUGAAAGCUGUCGGGACAGAACAGACUAUAUUAAUUCUGCUUUUACAGAAGAUGAAUCGGUUUCCCAGCACUGCCUAGUAGAAAAGACAACCAGGCAUUUAAACCUGACUGAGACGGGACUUACAAUAAAGCGGCCCCCACCAUACCAGUGGGACCCACUGGUAAGUGAAGAUGUAUGGGUUCCCCAGGAAAGGACAGCUCAUAAUACAUUGCCAAUGCCCCAGAGACCUCCCCCUCUAAUCCUUGGACAAGGUCAGCAUUUAGCUAUGUCUCGUGUGCCAUUUAUUUCCCCCAAGUCACCCACCAGCCCUCUAUCAACAUUCCAGAUAAAUUAUGGAGUUGGGAUGCCAUAUAAUAGUGCUUAUAAUGUCCCACCUCCUCCCCACCACGUACAGAAACCUUGCUCUCCAAAGGAAGCUAUACCGCCAGCACAGUUUUUUCAGCAAGAGCCCACUAUAGUAGUACAGCCAGCAUAUCCACCCAAUUUGCCUUGCUGUCCCUUGCCACCAAUGUAUCCAGGAAGUAGUAAUUGCAAUGGCUUGCAGCUUCCUUCAGUGGCCCUACACCCAUGGAACACAUACAGCGCAUGUCCACCAGCGCAGAGUUCACAGUCUACUCUACCACCGAAACCUCAUUUGGUGCCAGAAAAGCCUGUCAUGUCUCCAUCUCAGCCAGAGAUGCAAAAUAACGUGGGCAGUGAAGUCAUGGUGGAAACUGCAGAUAACUUCCAGGAAGUUCUGUCAUUAACAGAGAGCCCUGUAGCUCAGAGAACUGACAAAUUUCCUAAAAAGAAUCGAAAACGUUUAGAUAGCAGGGCGGAAGAAGGAAAUGUUCAAGCUAUUACCGAGGGCAAGGUGAAAAAGGAAGCAAAAACACUGAGUGACUUUAACUCUCUCAUAGCCAGUCCAAGGCUUGGAAGGGAAAAAAAGAAGGUUAAGAGUCAGAAAGAUCAGCUGAAAUCCAAAAAGCUAAAUAAGACGAAUGAGUUUCAGGAUAGUUCAGAAAGUGAACCUGAACUCUUUAUUAGUGGGGAUGAGCUGAUGAACCAGAGUCAGAGCAAUAAGAAGGGAUGGAAAACCAAGAGGAACCUUAGGACUGCUAGUGACCUGGAUGAGUUUAAAUGUCGGAAAGCUAAUGACAAAGAUGAUGGCAGGUUGGGAAGCCAAGGAUUUGUCUACGUCAUGGCCAACAAGCAGCCUUUAUGGAAUGAAGCAACUCAAGUUUACCAGUUGGACUUUGGAGGUCGGGUGACUCAGGAAUCUGCAAAAAAUUUUCAAAUAGAGCUGGAAGGUAGACAGGUAAUGCAGUUUGGAAGGAUCGACGGCAAUGCCUACAUUUUGGACUUUCAAUAUCCCUUUUCAGCCGUCCAAGCCUUUGCAGUUGCUCUGGCUAAUGUGACUCAGCGUCUCAAAUGAGUCUAGUACGGGCUACCACAAGGACUUGCCAUCUGUUCUUUGAACAGGGGAUUAACCAAUGUUUUAGUAGUAUAGACAGAACAAGCGGUGAAGCAUUUCAACUGGAAACAAGACAUGACUGCCUGUGUGAAGGCACUCUGUGUUUAUUUUUUUUGUUUGUUUGUUUGUUUUUUUACAUGCAAUAUAGCUAAGGAUGGUUGAACGGGAGCCAUUUCAUGCUACGGUGGGAAUGUGGCUUUUGACUUGUAUUGAUGGUUAUGUUCUGUUGUGUUUGGUGCAAUAGAUGUUAGAAUAUUAUGUGGAAAAAACUGCCUUAUUUAUAAUAAUAUUAUUUUUGAAAGCCGUAAAA